UUGAUUGUUGCAUCAUGAACUUCCCAGUGGCUCUGGCCUUUCUUGUAUUAUUGUUUUCAAUAAGCUUUUUUGUCAUUCACAAUGAACAGACUGAUCCAUACAUGGAUGAGAUUUUUCAUGUUCCUCAAGCAAAACAAUAUUGUCAAGGAAAUUUUAGCCAUUGGGAUCCAAUGAUUACUACCUUACCUGGCCUCUAUUUGAUGUCUGUAGGUAUUCUGGUACCUCUAGGAAAAGCUCUUGGUGUUGAGACUGAUCAUGUGUGCUCGGUGUUAUGGCUAAGAUCUGUUAACCUCCUUUUUGCCAUUGGAAACUUUUAUGUAAUAUACACAAUUAUGUGUAAAUUACACAAAAAAGAAAAGAUAGAGCCAAAGAUUGCUGUGACAGCUUUGACAUUAAGUCUUCUCCCUUUGUUGUUCUUCUUCAACUUCCUGUAUUACACAGAUGUUGGAUCAACAUUUUUUGUCUUGUUUAUGUAUUUGCUUCAUCUCCAAGGCAACAAAGCGCCGGCUUCAAUAGUUGGAAUAAUUGCCAUAAUGUUCAGACAAACUAAUAUCAUUUGGGUAGUAUUUAUUGCUGGUCUAACUGCAAGACAAGUUAUUGUUGAUUGGUUUAAAGAAAAAAGUGGGAAUAGUUACCAAAGAAAAUCUAUAAAGGAACAUUCAAAUCCAUCUUCAGCAGCAAAGUCAAGCAGGGAGGAUGAUGUUACCUUAUUCAAGAUAGUAGAUCUACUAUUAAAACCACCACAAAACAAAGAACUUAAUUUAAUCUAUUUGAUAUUUCGCAUUGUUAAAUCAAGUGCAUGUCACAUUAUGAUUAUUUUAGGAUUUUCAGUAUUUGUGUAUGUAAACCAAGGCAUUGUAGUAGGUGAUAGAAGUCACCAUACAGCUUGCCUAAACUUCCCCCAGUUAUUUUACUUCAUAUCAUUCACUUCAGUAUUUGCAUUCUCAUACAUUUUGACACCAGGAAAAGUCUAUAAUUUUCUUACAUGUUUUAAUAAAAUUUCAAGCUAUGUGAAAGCUUUGAUAUUUAUAACUAUUUCUUUUCUUUUGAUUCAUAAUUUUACAUAUGUUCAUCUUUAUUCAUUAUCAGAUAAUAGACAUUAUACAUUUUAUAUUUGGGCAAGACUUUAUAGUAGACAUUAUUUGGUCAAAUAUCUUCUCAUUCCUGUGUAUAUGUAUUCAUACUGGUCAUUUUCAACAUUGUUUAAUACAAAUUCACAUACAGAUGAAAUAUGGAAAAUUGUAUUUGGCAUAUGUUUAAUUGCAGCAACUGUGCCACAGAAAUUACUUGAAUUUAGAUAUUUUAUUAUUCCAUAUUUGAUUUUCCGUCUUAAUAUUAGGCCUGGUUUCUGGGUACAGUUAUGGACCGAAGCUAUGUUAUAUAUGGUAGUUAAUUUUUUAACAGUGUACUUGUUUGUAAAUAAACCAUUUAAAUGGGAGAAUUCUCCUGAUGUACAAAGAUUUAUUUGGUAAAAUAAAGCAUGAUCUGAUUUA